AUGCUUUCUCUCUUGGGCUUGGCAGCCACGGUGCUUGCUCUUGGGGCGUGUGCCCCUCUGCAAGAGGCAAGAAACCGCACCAAGCUCCUCCUGGUUUCCUUUGAUGGCUUUCGGUGGAAUUAUGACCAGGAUGUGGACACCCCCAAUCUAGACACCAUGGCUAGCGAGGGGGUGAAGGCACGGUACAUGACUCCUGCUUUUGUCACCCAGACCAGCCCUUGCCACUUCACUUUGCUCACAGGGAGGUACAUCGAGAACCAUGGGGUAAUUCACAACAUGUGGUUCAACACCAGCUCUGGAAGAAAGUAUUCUUAUUACGACACCCAGCAGAAGUCUGACUGGUGGGACAAUGGCAGCCUCCCUAUCUGGAUCUCAGCACAAAGGCAGGGCCUGAAGGCUGCUUCUCUAUUUUUCCCUGGGGGGAAUGCCAUCUACCAAGGAGAAGAGGUACAAGUUAAGAAGGUGGAGAAAAAGUGGCACAAGUACGAUAACGAGACCGAGUGGAGGCAGAAUGUUGACACAGUCAUGGAGUGGUUCACGAAGGAUGACCUUGACUUUGUUGCCCUUUACUUUGGGGAGCCUGACUCCACUGGACACAAAUACGGCCCAGAAUCCCAGCAGAGAAAGGACAUGGUCAAGCAGGUGGAUCGGACGGUGGGUUACCUGAGACAACGCAUUAACGAGACAGGCCUGGUCUCUAGACUCAACUUGAUCAUCACAUCUGAUCACGGCAUGGAAACAGUUAUCAAAGAGAAUGAAAUCCACCUCGCCACAGUUGCAAACUUCUCUUUCCAAGACCUUCAGUUCGAGCUUCUAGAUUAUGGACCACAUGCACUGCUGUUGCCCAGGCCAGGAAAAUUAGAACAAGUUUAUCAAGCUCUACACAAGGCUCACCCCAAACUCCAUGUCUAUAAGAAGGAGGCGUUCCCCACAAGAUUCCAUUAUGCCAACAACUCUCGCGUCACAUCUCUUGUACUGUACGGCGACCCUGGUUACGUGAUCCAUGGGAGAUUCAAAGUCCAGUUUAAUAAAGGGGAGCAUGGCUUUGACAACAUGGCUAUGAAUAUGAAGACCAUCUUCCGAGCUGUGGGUCCAGCCUUCAGAAAAGGGCUCGAGGUGGACCCUUUCGAAAGUGUGAAUGUUUAUGCCCUCCUUUGUGAUCUGCUGGAGAUCGUACCAGAGCCCAAUGAUGGAUCCCUGACUGUCACACAGAGCAUGCUGGUCAAGAAUGCAGGUGGAGGGGACUUAGACCUGUCCCCUGGGGAGCACGCCUGCCAGUAUCGUAACAGAGGGCUCCCAGGCAAUUGGAAUGGAGCAUGUGAAAGAGAAACUGGGAAAAAGGGACACGGAAAGUGGCUGGACCACCAGCCAAAGGUGACAGAAGGUGCCGCUGCCCACCGAGGCCACCUGCGAAACGAGCGAGAGCUCAGAGAGCAGGAGCGCCACAAGCUAUGCCCCUUACCCUUUAAGGCAGGGGUCCCCAACCCCCAGGCUGUGGACCAGUACCAGUCUGUGGCCUGUUAG